AUGGUCCCCCGGCCCUUCCACAUCCACAUUCUCAACCCCAAGGACACGUACGCCUCGGGCGAUGUAAUCCGAGGCAUGGUCGGGGCCAGGGUCCCGUGGAGCUCGGUCGAAUCCGCCAAAAUCUCCCUAAUCGGCACCACGGAGACUCUGGUCAACCACCGCAGGUGCAGACGGCACCAAUUGAUCGACAUUGAGAAGCCACUUAUUCCCGUGCCAGAUUAUGGUGGAUACAGGGCCUUCGAGUUCACUAUACCUAUCCUCACUGACACUCCCGGGAAGCAUGGUCGGACCACGACCCCUCGUAAAUUCGCCGUCCAGCGUCAUCGUCUUCCGCCCACCUUUAGCCAUAGAGAUUCACGUGGAAACACGGCUACGGUUGACUAUGCCAUCUGCGCACGCAUGACGUUCACGGACCCGAACGAGACACCGCACGUAGAGUCGAUUGACUUGACAAUUACGCACAAGCCGCAUAGCCCUACCAAUUACAACAGUCCCCAGGUUGAACUCAUCAGUCUCAGUGUGACGCUCAAGGAGGAAACCUCAAUCUUGGGGCCGGCAGACGGGCGCCACAGCAUUCAUGCCUGGUUUGGUUGCUUUCACACCCACAAAGACAUCAAAGAGUUGGCCGUGGAAGACCGACGAGCCGAGACGUGGGCGCCUACCAUGUUCAAGAACGAAGGCACGCAGUCCGUUCUCGGCAUGCUGUUUACCGUGCCAGUGGCCGUCCGGCAGAAGACGCAGACUUUCAACCUUUACAGACGUCACAGCGUCACUGUCAAGGCUGACUUGGCGGCCAGUCAGGUACUCGCCGUUGUCAGCUCGUCCUUUGCUGGCUCCAUCACCUUCGCAGCGUCCGUUGACUCCGUCGACUCCGUCGUCUGCCAUGUGGUUUGCAGAACGGCCAAGCCUUCUGACUCCGCCGUCUACCCCGUUGUCAUCGCAACGUCCGUUUCCGGCACUGGUCGAUGUUCAGUGCCCGUCUUGUGGAGCGGACAUCUCGUCCUUGUCUCGGCAUGA